AUGGGGAACCUAGUAACACCGGAAAGACCUAAUUCCAGUGUGGCUCCGCAGAUAACAGUCAUUGUGUUAACUGCAGGAGUUGUAGGUGGGCUCUUCAUUGUGGUGACUGUCUUCAUCAUAUGUAAAUAUUGUGUCAAGCGGAAAAAGUCUCCAAGAAGUCCAUCACUCGACCAGCUGCCUCCAGUCAGUCCAAACAGACUGCUCACCAUGGAGUCAAAGCACAAAGACCACGAGAGAUGUCUUGAUGAACAGGAACCAACAGAAACCACUCGGCUAAAAAGCUCAAUUCAACAAAUAAAUGAAAGUCCUUCUUGCUUAUUACUUGAGCUCCCUUCCUCGUUACCCAAAUAUCAUCUUACUGACUACUUAAAACUCUUCUUAUUCAUUACUGCUGUUUCUUCUUACAUCAUUCAAGGUCCUUCUUGCUUAUUACUUGAGCUCCCUUCCUCGUUACCCAAAUAUCAUCUUACUGACUACAAAACUCUUCUUAUUCAUUACUGCUGUUUCUUUUACACAUCAUUCAAGGUCCUUCUUGCUUUCUUCUUAUUCAUUACUGCUCCCUUCCUCGUUACCCAAAUAUCAUCUUACUGA